CAAAUUACUCAAAAUAGAAACACAUAGAAAAUUAUAACAAAAACCAAACAGGCAAGAAAAUCGAACAAUCUAAAUUGUGAUUGAAUGAAGAAACUAAAACUCCGUAAAUAGAGAGACAAAGUGAUUGUGGGAGAAGAAAAGGUGAGGGUUAGGGCUAGGGCAAAGGCCCAAGAAGGUAGGCGGCGAGUAGUAUAUAUCAGUUCAACCAAUACGAGAAAGUCACAAUUUAUCAGAUCGAAGUCAUGGCCGCAGCAAUUAGGCUACCGAAGAAUCGCGGGGAGAAUUUUGAUGUGAUCAAAUGGAUUGACGAAGUGGUUAGAGCACAGAAGCAGAAGCACGAUGCGAAUGACUCCUACUUCUGGGACAUUCGUGGUGCGCCCGAAAAACUUUCGCUGGAAAGGCUAAAAAAAAAGCAUCCUCAGCAAUACAAACGCAUCAUCGCCCUUUGCGGGAUGGCUCUGGAGCAUUACCGGGAAAGGAAUGCAGGACAAGUUUAUGAGUUCGUGAACGUGCAGAAGGCAGAGCAUCUGUGUGGGGAGCUUACCCUUACAUUUUGUGCCAAAAAGGUGAACGGCGAUUGCCUAGAAACCUUUCAUGCUGUGGGGUAUGACCUCUCUGAGGGGUUAUCAGUAGAGGAAUGCUCCUUGCUGAAGUGAAUGGAAGGCUGAAUGGGUGUUGUUGAAUGGUUCCAUGAAAAAUUCCAAAGGUACUCACUUUUUUGUGUACGCUCCAAACAUAUUUGGCCCUACACAUAUUUGUGUAUACAAAAAGUGUGUACCUCAAGUCCAACUCUGGUUACAUUUGCCUACUUGAUAUUUAAUUCUCCUCUUAAUCACAUUGCGCUGCUGUAUAUCUACUACUUUUGAUGACUCAUCAGUACAUUAAUAAUUGUUUCUGGUUGAUGAUUGAAAGGAAGGUGUCUAUCUGAUGAUUUGGGUGCCUGAUUUGUUGAAACAUUUUUC